UUUGAAAAACUGUUGCAACUGUGAUUUUUCGAAUUAAAAAUUGAAAUUUGUGAAGAAAAUAAAAUAAAGUUCUUUGUAUUGAAGUUGUAAGUGACAAAAAGCAACAACAACAACACCUUAUGUAGCACCUGUGCAUAAAUCUUUACGUCGUGCCACAUUCCUCAACCAUUUGUGGCAGUUCUCCCUAAAAGCCCCUUCGACACUAAAAAAAAUAAAUCGUGGUGUGAAAAAAAGCAAAAAUAAAAUUAAAACAACAAUAGCAACUGCUAAAGCAAAGUGAGUUCACAAGUGCAUAAAUAUUUUUUUCCAUGCAACACGUCAUUUGUGCCGCAUACUUACGCAUACAUAAGUGCAUAUGUGAAAAUAACAACAACAAUAGCAAAAGUUGUGCAAAACGUGCGUGUCUAUCAAGUGAAAUCGGCUUAAAGGCAAGCCGCUCAGCGCCGCAAGUGGAUUACGCAUUGAAAAAAUAAGCAAAAAUAACAAAAACAACAAGUGAGAACAAAAACAACACGUGAAAACACAAACAAAAGCAAAUCAAUACAGCGCACACAAAAGGGCAUUGAAAAAUAAUAAUUGCAAAAACAACAACAAACAUCAACAAUUAUAUGCAUAGCUCCGCAUAGCAUACAAUUUACACUUGUGGCAACGUGCAACGCUUUCGUUACGGAUAUUGCCACAUUGCGCGACCUUGUGGAUUAUUGUGUGUAUAGCAGCACCGUGUUGCUUGCAUAAACAUUGUUGCCGCAUCGCUUUGUGUGUGUGUGUGUAAUAAUUUUCUACUUUAAUUGAAAUUGUUGCACAACUCUUUGGCGUAAUUAUUUAUUGGAUUUAAUCGAGAACUCUACGCUGCAUUCUACACUUUGUCGUUCAACGGAUAAUAUAAAAGAUGUUGAAACACGUACAAAUUUCGCCGCUUCGCAAUCGCUCCGAUUCGGUUUCACUACGCUCGUCCUGCGCUUCAUCGAUAUGUGGUAGCCCGGAGCCGCCAACUGAGCUGCAGCGCACGCCCUCACGCGCAUCCAGCUAUUCAAGCUUGAGCGAACAACUGCCACAGACGACCAUCAAAGUUUUUACGAAUUGUCUAAAAAUCGAUAUCGAAUAUAAAACACUAGGCAUACAAUGGGACACCACCAGCAAGGAAGUUAUAACACAGCUGCUCAGACGCUUGAAAAUGCGUCAUCGCGAUCCACGUCUCUUUUAUCUCUCUAUGGAAGUAUCAGUGCGACGUGCUGGUGUGAAGACCAUACUCGUGUUAGACGAUGAUACACGACCGGCUAUACUACAAGCCUGUCACCCGAAAGGCGAGUCAAGAUUCUGCUUGCAAUUAAAGCCAGGCGGCUUAAUUCGCGUGCACACUUCGGCCCUACAACCCUCCUCACAAUAUAAAUCUUUGGUUAUCUCCGAGGAAACAACAUCGGAUGAGCUACUACAACUGCUGCUUUCUUGCUACAACUCCAUGGAACCCGUUGAACAGUUCUCUAUAUAUGAAGUCUGCCCCGGUCAGGAAUAUCAACGUAAAUUGCAUCCCGAUGACAUACCCUUACGCGCUCAAUCCGAACGCAUGCGUCGUGGUGAAACCUGCCAUUUUCUGGUACGACGCAAUCCGAACUAUAAUCGUCGCCGCCAACUGCUUGCCACGCUCAAUGGUCUAACUAGCAACGGCACUAACAACAACAACAGCAAGUCUUUUGAUACCAAUAGCACCGUUUCCUCAUUGGAGGAUGACACCAGUCUUUUAGAUAUAUCCAUCGAGUCUCUAACCGACGAUCUACACAGUUUAAUGGCUAGCGAUGAAGAUGAAGACGGCGCCUCAUCCAACUCUGGCUCAUCGGAUACAUCCUCUGAGGGUUCAACUGGUAUGCGACGCACGCCUUCCACACUCUCCGUCGUACCAAUACAACCGCAAUUGAAGUCAAAAGCCGUCGCCGUCAUCGAUGUGUGUCCGAAGUGUCGCAAUACAUUUAAAUCAUGCGAAUUUUGUCAUAAAAAUUCGUCAAUGAUGAUGCAAUUACAGCGUUCGAACAGCACCUCGAGUAGCAGUAGUUGUGCCACUACCAAAACCUUACAAAUGCAUCUGCCCAGCUACAGCCCCGUGUACAAUAUACGCGAAAUACGCACAGCCUCGCACAGCUUUUCCGCACUCGGCAAUGACAAGAAGCUGCUGGAUAUACAGUUGAAUGGACGCUUCGAUACGAGCGCCUGCACGCGGCUACGUCCACAAAGCGUCUGUGUAGCGCGCUCCACGCGCAUGCUCACCGACGGCAAUGGCAACAGCAAUGCGGCGGAGGGCACGUUGACAGCACAGGCUGCCAAUGAUUUGAAUGGCAAUAAUGUGUCAGCUGGAGCCUCGUCGAUGUCUGCGGCGUCUUCGGUUGGCGGCGAGAUGGUGAACAAUCAUCCCGCUAAGGGUUUGGGGCAUUUCGUCUAUCUGUAGAUAGCUUUUAUGGCGUUUUAGUGUAAUGCUGUGGGGAGUUGCGUUCUGUAUUCUUCACAUAGACUAGUCAACUAAAAGAAAGUGAAAAUUUGGAAAAUAUUUCGUUUAAAUAGUUUUUUUUAGAAAUUUUUUUCGCAGAAAUUCAGUUGUAUCGUUGGAAUGUUGAUCUAAGCAUUAAAUUAUAAGAUAUCAGAUGUCAGAGGGACUGUGCGAGGGACGUUUAAGAAUUUGUUCUAUUACUUUUUUCCUUUUAAAA